CCUCGUGCUGACUGGUGGCACCUCGAAACGUACUUUUCGUUCCUCUCGUCCUCGAGAUCGCGGAUCAACGCGUCUCGAUUUUUCUUAACGAAACUAUCGAUUAAUUAGUACAUUUAUUCAGUCAACAUUUUAAAAGAAAAUCAAAAAGUUCAAUUCGAUUGAAAUGAGAAAAUAAAUGAGCAACGAUCGCCGACUCAGAUGAGAAAACAGGGCAGCAUCUUUCUCACCAUGCGGAAAAAUAUUGUUCUGUGAGGGGUGAAAAAAGAGGAAGAAAAAAUGGUUGACCAUGACAGAUCGAAACUUUCUAGGGUGAAGAUUCCUCCACCACUGAAUCUUCGCGAAGCCAUACAAGACGAAGGACUUAAUCAAAAGACUGCUAGAAUACUGAAGAACGACUUAUUGCUUCACGAAGCAGUCAUCAAGAACGAAUCUGACUCGGUUCGCAAAGUCCUCAAGGAAACAGUCGACGUCGAUUCCAGGAAUAAUUACGGACGUGCUCCGAUUCACUGGGCAGCUUCUCGGGGCAAUACUGAGAUAAUAGAGAUGUUGAUCCAGGCGAAAUGUGACAUCGAAGCGAAAGACAAGUAUGGAAUGAGGCCUCUGCACAUGGCAGCCUGGUACGGACACCAAGAGGCUGUCAGAAUGUUGAUCAACGCUGGGGCGAAUGUGACCGCUGUGAAUAAGAAACAAUACACCCUGUUGAUGUGUGCUUCGAGAGGCAAUAGCGUAGGAGUAGUGGAAUAUCUCACCGAAGCAGUUGAAUCUCUGAGUGUCGAUGCAACGGAUUGCACCGGUGCGACUGCACUUCAUCAUGCUGCCGUUGCUGGCCAUCGUGAUGUCAUUUUAUCCCUAUCAAAGAUACCGGAAAUGGAGCUGGACGCCAAGGAUAAAAAAGGACAAACACCAAUGCACUACGGUUGUGCAGAGGGUCACACCGAAGCUGUAGAGGCUUUAAUAAGUCUCGGUGGUGACGUUAAUGCCCAAGAUAACGAGGGCAAUACACCAUUACACGUGGCAACGAGAACAAGACACACGAGCAUUGCCCAAACAUUGUUGAAAUCUGGAAGUAGCACGGAAAUCGGUGACGAGAUUGGAUUGACGGCCCUUCACGUAGCCGCGAGUCAAGGAUGCAAAGGAAUUCUCGAAUCGAUACUUCAACAUGGGAAUAUCAAUAAACAAUGUAACAACGGAAAUACGCCACUCCAUCUUGCUUGCGAAAACAACGAGAUAGAAACCGUCGAAAUCUUAAUAAAUAAGGGUGCCGAUCCGAACUGUUUGAAUUUGAGACUACAAUCACCAAUACACAUAGCUGCGGAAAUGGGUCACACUGAUAUCUGCAAGCUUUUACUUGCAGCGGGCGCAAACAUCGAGCAACGUGAGAAGAGUGGGAGAACACCCCUAUACAUUGCUGCUAGGGGCAGCUUUACAGCUAUCGUUGAUAUGAUCAUAAAAACAUCACGUUUGGAUUAUCCGAGUCCGGAGGACUCGAAUUCGGACAGGGAGGUACGUGAAUUAACUCCAGCGCGCCGUCGAUGGCGGGAGGGAUCCCGAGGGGGUAGCACGUCCAGUAGCAACAAUAGUCAUCUUUCCCAACAUGUUCGCUCAAUUUUGUGGAAACUCGCUUUCAAACAACUCGCUCCAGGGGAUUGGAAAAAACUUGCUCUCCAUUGGGCUUUUACUCACGACCAAAUCACAGCUAUUGAGCAUCAAUAUACCGCUGAAAUCGUAGGUCCGUCGAGCUGGAAGGAGCACGGUUACCGGAUGCUGUUGAUCUGGACCUCUGGCCUCAGUCCAGAAACUCAACUUACCAAAGAAUUGUACGAGGCGUUGUCAACAAUUGGAAAAAAAUCGGUCGCAGAAACUAUACGGAAACAACUGGAGCAAGAAGUCGUCGACAAAACGAAAUUAGACAAGGGGCGCUGCCACAAGUGUGCGAUCGCGUGAAUCCAUCCGAUCCUAGUCUUUUUCAAGUGACUAAACUUCAAAGAAUUCAAUUAAUUCAAGGAAAACUAACAUGAUUUUAGCUCAAUCGAAACGUAGAAAAAUUGAUUUAUCAAUUGAUAGAUGGCGAUUCGAACGAAUAUUUUUUUGAAAAAAAGAUAAUGUGACUUGGUGGAAAAUCCGUCCGAGCCCCGAUCAACGAAAGUGACGUUUCGUUCAUGAAUAAGGAGCCGACGAUUUUGAAGAAAAAAAAAACGGAGACCAUAAGACGAUCGAUUUUUAAUGGAAAUGCCUAACCAACAAGAGAAAGUAUGAAAUAUAUUUCACCAAUGAUGUACAUAUCGAAUUAGAAUGAUAAUAUUUAAUUUCACUGAUGUACAGAUUCUGCUGGAAGGAAUUUAAAAAAAUUAAUGUAAAAAUAUGAAUUAAUGUGUGACAUUUCAAAUGUGGAAAAAUUAGUCAAUCACAGUACGACAAUAUUUCUAUUAAAAUGUGAAGUUUUAUUCA